GCAUCGGACUUUUUUUUCAAGAAAGCACUGAACGUCAGAAGGGUGUAUAUUUAUCAAAUGAGCCUAAGUGAUGUGACAUCAUCAGAACAAUAAUUUGUAGACAUCUUUACAAAGAACUUCCAAUAUAUGUAAUGCUGGGAUAUUUAGGAUGAUGGGAAUAUGAAGAAAAUGCAUUUUCUCCCAGGAACAAAAUUUCUUCUUCCAAAUAUAUUCCGUAGCGCACAGCCUAUGCACAGAAGAGGAGGUAUCUGCAGGCAAUGUAAAUUGUAUCAUAGUAGCCGUGUUUUGCACAAUGAAAGCAAAGUGACAUUUGAGAAUAUUUUGUCUGAAGAAAACAAAAGAAGAAUUCAGGAUAAGCUACAAAAUAAUGUGAAUGAGCAAUCUGUGAUAAGAAAAGUGACUGUCUCUGAUAAUCACAAGAAGUCUGCUGUAUUAGUGCCACUUUGUACAGUGAAUGGUGAGCCAUCUAUACUGUUCAUGGUGAGAUCAAACUUAAUUCCUUCCCAUAGGGGAGAAGUCAGUUUACCAGGAGGAAUGAUGGAUGACACAGACCAGGAUUUGAUAGCAACCGCACUCCGUGAAACACAUGAAGAAAUUGGUUUGAAAAUUGCUAGGGAAGAUGUUUGGGGAUCACUUCAGAGUUUGCCAAGUAGACAGAAUGGUAAAAAUCUGGUAACUCCUAUUGUUGCAAGUGUGGGUGAACUAGAAAAACACAAGCUCAGUUUGAACAAGGAUGAGGUAGAGGAUGUUUUUACCAGAACAGUUUCAUCACUCUGUGAUAGCAAAAAUGUUGGAUCCACCCAAUUCAGGAGAGGAAAACUGCCAUCCCUUCAGUCCGGCUUCACUCUGCCUGUAUUCCUUGGAGGAGAACACCGAAUUUGGGGGUUAACUGCUGUUGUUCUGCACAUGUUCCUCCCAGUUCUGGCCCCUGGAUUAUACAAAUUUAAAUUACGACACAGACAUUAAUACAUAAUUUUAGAAAUAAACAUUUGAAAGAGACUGUGAUGUAUAUUAUGAUACUCAGGAAAAAUUAGUGCCAACAACAACAAAUUAGGGUUUGGAUUUGAGUCAAUGCAAGACUUCUUAUUAUUGUCCACUGAAAAUGCUACAGGAGAAUCCACAGUCCUCAAAACUGUCUGGAAUGAAUGUUUUUUUCCAGUUAA